AUGCCUGCCGCUGUGGCCCACUCGCACCGGCCGACAACCAAGGUCUCCCACAAGGCUUUCAAGGCCAAGGCUGCAACAAAGCAUGAGCUGAGAGACAGGGCCAAAGGCCGAGUACCCAACGAACGCGGAACGAGAAAGACCCCCCACCAACAAGUCAUGUCUAAACUCGACCGACGCAACCAGGCCAAGCAGGCCCGCCUAUCUAAGCACAAGGAGCAUCUUAAGGAUACGUCUAUAUUCACCGGGCGUGACGCUGCCCCUAGGAUCGUCGCUGUUCUCCCGCUCUGCGCCGACGGUGACGCCAAGGCUGCCAUCAAGCUUCUCAAUGGCAGCGUCGACAUCGAGACCGACCCCGACGACGCGACCAACCGAGUGACCGUCGACCGUUUCAAGCAGAAGAUACAAUACGUUCCCCUCGAGCGUGACCUUACGGCCUGUCUCGAUGCCAGCCGCACCGCCGACUUCGUCGUCGUCGUCCUCUCAGCCUCGGUCGAGGUUGACGAACUGGGCGAGCUGAUCCUGCGCAGCGUCGAGGGCCAGGGCAUGUCGACCUUGUUCACCAUGGUCCAGGGUCUGGAUAAGGUUGAGCCCGCCAAGAACAGGCCAGGAGUCGUGGGAUCUCUCAAGUCUUUCAUCUCGCACUUCCACCCCGAUCAGGAGAAGGUCUACAGCCUCGACAACAGGCAGGAGUGCUCCAAUAUGAUGCGAUCGCUGUGCAGCACGACGCCCAAGGGCAUCAAGUGGCGCGAGGACAGGAGCUGGAUGCUCGCCGACUCCAUCCAGUUCGCCCACGGCGCGUCGGAUACCACCGUCGUCACCGGUGUUGUCAGGGGAAGGGGCCUCAAGGCCGACCGCCUCGUUCAGCUGGGCGAUUGGGGCACGUACGAGAUCGAGAAGAUCGUCUCGGCCCCCCUCCCUAAGACGGUCAGGAAGAAGGGUGUGGAGAUGACGGCUGAGGAGGAGACCGAGAAGACUCUGGAUGAGCCCACGGCCGACAAGGACGAUCUGAACGAGCUCGCCCCUCACGACGUUGCCAUGGAUGACGAGGACGACGGCAACGAUGACGCCAUGUCGGUAGCCGCAUCCGCUAAGAAGGGCGUCUUGCUGGAUGAUCACCACUACUUCUCAGAUCCCGAGGAGGAGGCACGCAAGUCGACUGUCCGGAGGCUCCCCAAGGGCACAUCCAAGUACCAGUCUGCCUGGUACCUGGACGACGUGUCCGACUCCGGCUCCGACCUGGAGGAUGUCGACAUGGGCGCCAACUACAACGACGCGUCUGAUGACGAGGCCGGCCCCGAGGAUGGCGUCGAUGGCGAGGCCGGCCCCGAGCCCACCGAGGCCGGAGCCUCCGAGUAUCCGCAGUCCGAGAUGAUGGAGGAGCCUGACGAGGACGAGGAUGCUCAGCAGCUGGCAAGCUUCCGUGCCGGCCGCAAGAAGGAUGAGGCCGAGGACGACAAGGAGUUCCCCGAUGAGAUUGAGCUGCACCCCAACGUCUCGGCACGUGAGAGGCUGGCGCGCUACCGUGGCCUCAAGAGUCUGCGGACAAGCAGGUGGAACGAGGACGAGGACCGGGCUCACGAGCCAGAGGACUGGAGGCGACUGCUACAGGUCCCCGACUAUGCCGGGUCGCGGUCACGGUCGAUGCGUGAGGCCCUCGUCGGAGGCGUGGCCCCGGGCACCAGGGUUCAUGUCCACCUCAAGGGCGUGGCGCCGGAGCUGGAGAAGAAGUACAGACCGUCAGCCCCCGUGACACUCUUCUCGCUCCUGCGCCACGAGCACAAGAAGACGGCUGUCAACUACCUGUUCAACCUCGCGGCGGACCACGCGCGGUCCAUCAAGUCAAAAGAAGAGCUGAUUGUGCAGUGCGGCCCCCGCCGCUUCGUCGUCAACCCCAUCCUCUCCCACCCGGGAACCACGCCCAACGACGUCCACAAGUUCUGUCGGUACAUCCACCCUGGUCAGUCGGCCAUUGCCACCUUCGUGGGCCCCGUCACCUGGGGAUCCGUCCCUGUCCUCUUCUUCCAGAGGGCCUCGGCCGUGCCCCCGAACCCCAACCGGGAGGGGGGGAGGCCGACCAGCACGACCGGUCUCACGCUCGUCGGGACGGGAACGGCCCUGCCGCCUUCGACUUCCAGGGUCGUGGCCAAGCGCGUCAUCCUCACGGGCCACCCGUACCACAUUCACAAGAGGAUCGUCACGGUGCGAUACAUGUUCUUCAGCCGCGACGACGUGGAGUGGUUCAAGGCCCUGCCGCUCUGGACCAAGAGGGGCCGCAGCGGAUACAUCAAGGAGCCCCUGGGUACGCACGGCUACUUCAAGGCGACGUUUGACGGGCACAUCAACCCGCAGGAUGCCGUAGGAGUGAGUCUGUAUAAGAGGGUGUGGCCGCGCGAGGCAGUGCCGAUUCGGGAGCCUCUACUAGUGUUGUCAGCGCAGCAGCAGCAGCAGCAGCAGCAGCAGCAGAACGACGAGGGAGACGUGGACAUGAGCUAA